AUGGAUUGCUGCAACGGAGCCAUAGACAACAGCUGGAUUUAUCCCACGGUGCUCAUCUGUGCAAAUGGAUUUUUUACCACAAUGAGGCCAUCAGAACCUUUUCUUAUACCCCAUCUAAUAGGACCAGACAAAAACCUAACAAUUGAAGAAGUUACAAACCAGAUUCUCCCAGUUUGGACAUACUCCUACCUCGCUCUCCUUUUCCCAGUGUUCCUGUUCACAGACUACGUGCGYUACAAGCCCGUCCUCCUCCUGCAGGGCAUCAGCCUCAUCAUCACCUGGAUCCUGCUGCUCUUUGCACAAGGAGUGAUGGCCAUGCAGGUGGUGGAAUUCUUCUAUGGGAUGGUGACAGCUGCYGAAGUGGCCUAUCACGCCUACAUCUACAGCGUGGUCAACACCGAAUACUAUGAGAGGGCCACCAACUACUGCAGGAACGUCACCAUGGUGUCAGCCACUCUGGCUGCCCUGCUGGGACAGCUGCUGGUGUCUGUAGCAGACAUCUCCUACCACUACCUCAAYGCCAUCACCUUGGUUUCUGCAUGCCUGGCGUUCCUGUGCUCACUGUUCCUGCCCAUGCCCCAGGAGAGCAUAUUCUUCCACAGGAAAGACGCUGCCAAGCCUCCUCCAGGGCCUGACAAAAGGGUGGUUCCGGACACUUCCCCCAGGCUCUCGAGCUCCUCACAGGGCAACAGCUUCGAUGCUGCUGCCAUGGGCGUGACCCCCUGGCACCAGGCUGCCGAUGCCAGGUCCCACAGUGCCAUGCUCAGCGUGCUGCUGCAGCUCAGCAAGGACCUGUGCCRUUGCUACAGCUCCCACAAACUCCUCUACUGGUCCCUGUGGUGGGCUCUGGCCACAGCCGGCUUCAACCAGGUCGUGAAUUACGUCCAGGUGCUGUGGGACUUCCGAGCGCCCUCUUACAGCUCCAUCGUGUACAACGGAGCUGUCGAAGCAAUAGCAACUUUGUUAGGUUCAGCAACAACUAUUGCAGUUGGAUAUAUCAAAGUAAACUGGGAUCUCUCUGGAGAACUGGUUUUGGCAAUUUUCUCUGCACUGGAUGCUGGUUCUCUACUUCUCAUGCACUUCACUGACAGCAUCUGGGCCUGUUAUGCUGCUUACCUUGCAUUUAAAGCUUCCUAUAUGGUCCUUAUAACAAUAGCAACAUUUCAGAUUGCUGUCAACCUCAGCAUGGAGCAUUAUGCUUUGAUCUUUGGCUUCAACAGCUUUGUUGCACUGCUGAUUCAGACGAUUUUAACAAUUGUUGUAGUAGAUACAAAAGUCCUGCAACUGGAUAUCAGCACUCAGUUUCUCAUUUAUGGCUGCUACUUCACAGUCAUAGCUGGAAUUUUCCUGAUCAGAAGCAUAUGCACCAUCAUCUCAAUCAAAUGUGGAAAUGCAAGUGUGGUUGCUGAAAGCACUGUCCAGUAACAAAGGAGACAAAACCAAUGGUUACAAGCAACGGUGCAGAAGGCUCCAUCAUCUGGACAACAAAUUACGAGAAAUACAACGUUCAAUCAMGCAGAAGUGGUCCAGGUCAAAGCAGGCUGCUUAUGAGGUUGCUGCACAGAGAGCUUUGUCAAGAGGAUGAUGCAUUUGGUCCAUUUUAUUCACCAGCAGUUUAAUACAAACAUUCCUCAAACAGAGUUUUAAUUCAAGUUUAAUGAUGCAACACACAAACUUCUAUUAAUGCUCAGUGAGCAUACGUACACGCAGAUGCCUGCACCUCACACCAGAGAAACCUACAGAAAAUCCCUGGAACUUUCCCUCUACUGAGUAUUUCAGUUUAAGGCAAUUUAGUUACUGACAUAAGACCUUCCAACAUGCCCAGAAUCUAAAGCAGCAGUUGUACCAAUGACCUGCUGCAGAGCCAGUCACAGAGGCCUUUGGAAGACUUAAAGCCUUUUCAACUGGAAGCUGACAUCCACUUUUUAAGCAACUUAACAAAUAUCAAACCCCCCUUUUUUCCCCACAAAAUGCUACCUCUGUAUGCUCAAUGAUGGGUUACUACCAUGUGAUCUAGUACAGCAAUACUGCCAGUUGAAUWUACCAAUGCCCAAAUGCAGCCAUUUCACACAGACAACGCAUUGUUUGGAAACAAGAAGUUACAUGACUUAAAGGAAAACAGGUUAUUACAUACAGAUAAACUGCUACUGAAGCAGUGACAGCUUUACUGGUUAUUGAAGAAGUAUGAAUAAA